ACAUUUAGAUAGUUUCAACUUAUUGUGUGUGGCAAAAGAAGGAAACAUGAAAUGCUGAUUCAGUAAUUCUGAGAUCCUGCUGAUUCUUGCUUGUGGUAGAUAAUGUAUUAAUGAGUUAUUGAAUGUAGGACUCCUGUUAUGUGGUUUCACUUAUUGAUGUAGUUCCUGAUUCUUUUGACUCAAAAAAAAAGUGUAGUUCCUGAUUCUUAUGACGUAUAGAAACAAAAUUUGUAUUGUAUCUGUUUAGUUAGGGAAAUUAACCUUUAUUGUGAUGCAAGGUGUGAAAUUUAACUCACAGAAACUAGAAGCACACUUGAAUUAGCUACUAGUUAAAUGUGACUUUUUAACCAAUUGUUGGAUCGUUAGACAUUUUUAACCUUUACUUAUGCUCUAGAGAAUUCUGUUUAAAAUGGCUUUGGGUGACAUUUUCUUAUUAAGUAAUAUGGCUUUGAAUGACAUUAAUGACAGAUGUGCUUCAACAUUAUGAAUAGCUACCAACUGCUAACCUUUUUUUCCUUUUAGCGAACUGCCGGUCAGCAUGACGGAUUUUCUAGGAGUCAAAUGUAAGCUUAACAAUAUGUUUUCCAAUUCCAACUCAUAACACACACAUAAUCUCACUUCCAUUUUCCCCAAUUCAUCCAGCUAAAUAUGGAAAAUUCAAGUCAAGAAUCGCACCUCCGAUCUGAAAACUCCGUCACAUAUGACUCCUCCUACCCCAUCUAUGCCAUGGCCUUUUCCUCCUUCACUCCUCUCCUCCCCAACUACUGCUCUCCCAUUGCUGUUGGCAGCUUUAUCGAAGAAUUCAACAACCGUGUCGACAUUCUCUCCUUCGAUGAAGAUACCCUAACCCUUAAGCCCAUUACAAAUCUCUCUUUCGAUCACCCUUAUCCGCCUACGAAACUCAUGUUCCAUCCCAAUCCUUCUGCUUCCCUCAAGUCCAAUGACAUUCUCGCCUCUUCCAGUGACUACCUCCGUCUCUGGGAUGUUCAUGAAACUUCUGUCGAACCCCUUUUCACUCUCAACAACAGUAAAACUAGUGAAUGCUGUGCCCCUUUGACGUCUUUUGAUUGGAAUGAAGUUGAGCCCAGAAGAAUUGGUACUUCCAGUAUUGAUACUACUUGUACCAUCUGGGAUGUUGAAAAAGGGGUUGUCGAAACUCAACUGAAAGCCCAUGACAAAGAGGUAUAUGACAUAGCUUGGGGUGAGGCUGGGGUGUUUGCCUCGGUUUCUGCUGAUGGGUCAGUUAGGAUUUUCGAUUUGAGGGAUAAUGAACAUUUGACAAUUAUUUAUGAGUCCCCACAACCGGACACUCCGUUGUUGAGGUUGGCUUGGAACAAGCAGGAUUUGAGAUACAUGGCUACCAUAUAUAGCCACAAGAUUGUGAUUUUAGAUAUUAGGUCUCCAGCAAUGCCUGUGGCAGAGUUGGAAAGGCAUCAAGCGAGUGUGAACGCUAUUGCAUGGGCUCCACAGAGUUCUAGAAAUAUUUGUUCAGCUGGGGAUGAUGGGCAGGCACUCGUUUGGGAGUUGCCUACUGUUGCGGGGCCAAAUGGGAUUGAUCCCAUGUCCAUGUACUAUGCUGGAGCUGAGAUUAAUCAACUUCAGUGGUCUGCUGCACAACGUGAUUGGAUUGCCAUUGCGUUUUCUAACAAGUUGCAGAUGCUUAAAGUAUAAGGAAAAUCUUGAAAUACAGGAGGAAAUGUAACUUGUGGAGUUCCCUUGCAAUCCUGUAGUCUGGGAGCUAUAUAUUGGAUAUUAGAUUCUGCAGUAGCAGCUCUGACAAUCUUAUGUAACUGGCAGGAACGAAAAUUUCAACUUUGUGUGAUGCACUCGUGCAUUAUUCCUGGAUCAUCUUGUUGUUUGAGAGAUUGGAUUGUUGCUCGCUAAGCUUUGUUUUAAUUGUAUUUGUUCUACAUGGAGUUUCUGUGGAUCAAGGGUUAGUUAUGUCUUAACCUUGGAAAAAGUCUUCUCCUUUUGUAGGUUUCAGCUUUUCAUAUAUUAAAAGAAAAUGGAUUAUAGUUUGUGGGGAGGAUAUUAGUCAGAUAGAUGAUGAUUUAUUCUGAGUUUAGAAGGCGCACCUGCAAAUCGGUGGUGGCUUUGUUAAGAGUUCUCUGUUGGCAAUUCAGUUUAUUACUUAAAAAGAGUCACAGUUCAAUUUACCAUCUUUCCGAAUUGAUAUCUUUCCUAGUUUCUUUAUCAAAACUCAAAGAGGAAUUCUAAUGUGUAGCUGGCAGGCUGUGUUGUAUACCAUCGUUUUCUUGCACAGAUGUGUUAUUUGACUUGCUUUGUGCUCUGCUUUUCUGUGAUGUUUGUGUUUUUUUUUGGAAAGAGGUGAUUUUCGAAAUGAAUUUAGAACUAAGGUGAACGUCUCUAACAAUUUGAGCAUAUUCAAGAUUUCUCUAAUUAAGGAAUAGUUGAAACUUGAAAGCAGUUUCGAACUAGUUGUCAGAAUUACUUGAUGGUAUUUCCUGUGUCAUACUUUUGCCUCCAUGGUUGACAUUACAAUAUUAAGAACGCCGUGCAGCUAGAGAAGUGGCGAACUAAUAUGUCUAUAACAAGAUGGAAGUUUUAUCUUUCUUUUUGUUAAGAUUUAAACAGUAACUCCCAAACUUUUAACAAUUUAUUUAGUCUUCCAAAGUACAUUAGAAAGCAAGAACAGAGUCAUAAACCUGCUGUUGCAGAUGUUUGAAGCUAUUUUUCUCUUAGAUUUGCAGUGUGGAAUUUCGGGGGCUUGAUUUUCUGAUCUCUUUGUAAGUGAUGAAAAAUAUUUUGCCUUUGGUCAAGAAGUUGGAGGGAUUGUACUUUUCACUUUCAGACACCACGUACCACCAUUUGGAA